AUGACCUCGCAACAUGGCCUUCCCGACCUCGAUGCCUCCAGCACAUCUCCCAUCGAGCAGCUCACAACUCUUAGCACACUUAGCUCAGCGACACGCUUCAGCGUCGGCAGCAACGAGACGGGCGAGUCAAGCAGGGCAGCUAGCCAGCGCAACAGCGGCUCGACGCACGACGGGCCUCCGAAUGGCGGCGUCAUUAGGAAUGUGGACGUUGAAAGGCCGGUGAAAAAUGGCAGGGGCAGCCAUAGAAGUCAUAGGAAGGAACGGACAAGUGGUGGUUUUUUGCUGAGCAAUGUGACGUUCGAAAAGCCUUUUGAGAGCGUGGGGGACGGGAAGGCGAAGGUGAACGCGAUGGAGAGCCUGUUACGGACAAGGCGGUCUGCGAAGGAGAAAGAAAGGGAGAAAGAAAUUCAUGGCCAUGGACCGAAGAUCAUGGAGAAGAAGCAUGCAAUAAAGCGAUCGGUGGCCGGGACAAACGUAGGAGGCAGCCCGCUGGCUGGGAAUGUCACCGAUGUGGGCACGGCAGAUAUGAAUAUGAAUAGUGAGGGCGUAGGAACUCAAGACCACCAACCGCCUGCUACACCUUCGACUACGGGACUCGAUGUAGACUCGGCUCGGAUAGUCAAUCUGGCGCUGAAUCUGAGCGAGAGUAGGAGGAAUGCCCAGAGGAGAUUUGUAUCCACGCCUUUGCCGCCUAUCCUUGGAUCUGGGGAAACUGGAGGAAGUUUGAGGCAUCAUCUUCAGCAGCAAAGACGAGUGUCGCGGAAUGUGAGUCCGAAGCCAGACAGAGGGGAGAGGAUCAUGACUGCCUCGCCCAGAGUGGUGGCCGGGUCGAGGAUCAAUAGUCCGCUACAAGGCUCUUAUGGUAGUCAUGCUGAGGGCCUGUAUGAGUAUAAUUUCACGGCGUCGACUUUGGCGAGAGCAGCGAAGGCGAAGGCUGCCAUUGAGCUUAUGGCGCAAUAUCGACGGCUGUUGCAGUUUGUGCCUCCGCUCAAACCGCAGGCUGAGGAAAAGGCAGCGAGUUCUUCUAGUACGGCUCCUGGAUCGCCGGUGUUGGGCACAUUACGCGGAGCUGCUCCCACUCAAUCGAUGGGAAGACCGUACAACCCGUUGCAAUACAUCAGGAAUCGGAAAGUACGAGCUCGUAAUUCGAGAUCCAUUGAUGGAGAAGCUCAAGGAUUCGGGGAUCUUGAGAAAGUGUCUGCAUGGGUUGAUGCGGUAACUCACCAUGCCUUGUCAGAUGAAGCCCAGGCGGGGGUCUGCCUCUCGAUGCCUCUUUUCUCAAAGGCCGCGGAGGAUGCAGCAUCGCCCUUUGGAUCUCCUCACUCAUCCCUCGGCAAGAGCCACGGCCCUCCUGUGAAGAUCAAGAGACCCAGAAUUGACUGGAUUACGAGUCCGGCCGAUAUGAUUGCAGAUGUGUUUUGGCUGGAACAGGACGACAAUAAGAAGCUCAUCGAGGAUCGCCACGGGCGGAGAAUAUUCCCUCAGGCUGCAGAGCUGAAGAGGCCCAUGUCACGUAUGGGUGAAGACUCGAAGUUGAGGAAGAUUGCCAGUCUCAAAGAAAAAGCCGAAGGGCUCGGUAUGCAAUUGACACUAGACACGAAACUUCCUGACUUCAAGUCGGCGAAGCCUGAGUCGGAAAUAUUUUCAGAUCCGUCUACUUCGAAGGCGCGGAGGAAGUUCCGGGAGGCUCGUGCUGCUGUACGCUUGCAUCACGUCCAUAGCAGUUCGUCAAGGGAAGGUCGUAACAUCAGAGGCUCUCGCAGUAGAUCAGAUGAUUCCGAUUCGGAUGAUAGUGACUAUGCGCCGAGAAGGAGACGCCACAACGAUAGUUCUGAAAAUAUUGAGCAAGGUAAAGACAUCCUUGAGAAACAGAUGAUGGAGAUGCUUGCAAGAGAGGCCCAGGAGGCUCGACGGGACUCCCGCGACAUUGAACGGCGCAGUACUGUGACACCCAAGCCUGCUCCUCAGGACAUGGACAGAACGUCAGCAAAUGGUUCAGGGGCUCAUGGUAGAUCCGGCUACUCGUUCACAAAGAGGCGAGAAUCUCUACCUGCAGGAUCAUCUGGCCGUACAAGUCUCGAGGUACCUGGUAUGAAUGGUCGCAGGUCUAUGGAGGGCUUGAGCACCACUUCACCAAACUCUCCUUCCACGAAAGGACAACAGGGUGAGUGGAUCAUACCUGCAUCGGACUUGUCGUCUGGGAGAAGCCGACCGACAUCUCCGUCUCGAAAACCCCUAUCGAAAAUGAAGUCCAAGAUCAGGCCUUUCAUUGAUAGGAACCAUGAGUCUAGCCAUCCUCUUGAAAAUAGUAUGGCACUUUUAGACUCGAUUGAGCAUGAUCCAGGUACCCCUGAUGGCCGUCGACGCUCUAUGAGUCCAGUCAAGAAGGGUAUUUCCAAGACGCCAGGCGAUGGCCAAAAGUCUACGAGCAAAGCAAGCAGCAAAGGCAAGGGCGAGGAUUCAGGUCUCCGCGGACUCUUCAAGAACGCCCGUAACCCUGUCAGCAGAGUCAGCGACAUGUUGUGGAAGAAGGACCCUUCUGCUGGUUCUGGCUUCUCGACCGACGAGUCUGAUAUCGAGGAAGUGCGUAACCACCCAGAACGCAUUAAUUCUCGAGAUAGUUCUGUUGGUGCCACGCUCGAAGAUCUUGACGAAGCUGCUCCGGAGGAGAGGAAGUCUUCCUACAUGAAAAGUGUCCCACCUCUGCCAGUUUUCACCUCGCCCUUUGAGCACCGUGGCCGACCAACACGGAUGCGCAGUGAUGAAUCUUUUCAUGCUGCCCCCAAUACAUUAUCACGGCAGCUUCUCACCAGAGAGGAGCGACGAAAGUACGGUCCCCAUCACUUAAACGAUAGCACACCUAGAAUCGACGUUCAAGAUGCCUCUCCAACAUCCUCUCCUGAAAAUGUCAAAAUCUCGAAAAACCGCCCGACCUCCUCUAUUCCCGACUUUCAUUCCAACUACUCAAACGGCAUCAGAAGCGCAGACGCCCACCUCAACUCUAUCCUCGGUUUCCCAGGUAGACGCCGUGACGCCCUCCCCAUCACAGGCCUGUCAAACCUCGAAACCAGCCGCUCCUCCCUCGGCCGCCAAUGGUCAUACUCCGACCGCUCGAACCCCGAGGACCGUGGCCCUAUAAGCCGUCGCGAGAUUGCUCGUGUACGAGCUCUUUUGCUAUCUUCAGGCAUCAAAGCAAAGGAAAUUUCGCGGCGCGCAGCUGAGCUCAAAGACAUCACAUCCGACCCAGACUCCUCCUAUGCAACCAUUGCUGAAUUUGCCCAUGAGCCAUUGGACUCGGUUCCGAAGAGCCAACAGCAUCGUCUUGCGGCAAGAGUCAUAUCGGAGGAUGUUCAGCUCUCCUCGCAGAUAUGGCAAGGCUACGCUGACGAAUUCGUCAAUUCCACCGCUCCUCUCCUCAUCUCCCGCAUCUCAGUCCUGCAACGCCGUCUUGUUGAUAAUCUUACGCCGGCUACGCGCGCAGCGGCUGAUGAAGCUGAUGAGGUUAGUAAGGAUUUAGUCACGAGCCAGAUGUUAGGGGUGAAACGGAUCGGGGAUAAGAUAGAUAAGAUGAUGAGGAUGCGACGGAGACGGUUCAGGUGGGCAAGGCGAGGUGGCUGGGUUGUGGUGGAGUGGCUGUUGGUGGGGGUUAUGUGGUAUGUGUGGUUUAUGGUUGUCAUAGCGAGGGUAGUUAUGGGGGUUGGACGGGGAAUCGUGGGGGGUGUCCGGUGGUUGUUUUGGUUGUAG